AUGUCCGAUUUAGAAAAUGAAUUGCUCGGUUUAGCGGAGGACGAUCCCACUCGAAGACCAUUCAAGAAGAGACAUAAUUCGGGUGGUGUCGGAGGUGGAAAGAAGAAGAGCAAGGCUUUCGAAGAAUCGGAAUCAGAGGGUGAAGCAGAUAUGGAUCUCGAAUCCGAAUCUUCAGAUGAAGAAGAUGCAGUGACCAAAUUCGCAUCUAGCUCUUCUGCAGCUAACAACAGGAAUAAAGCGGGAGGAAGAGGUGUAGGAUCAAACCCGUAUCCUUUAGAAGGGAAAUACAAGGACGAGGCUGAUAGAGAAGCUCUUGAGAACCUUCCUGAAAUCGAGCGAGAAGAGAUAUUGGCUACAAGACUCGAAGAGAUGCAGAAAUUUAAAGAUUCACAAGCUCUUGAUGCGAUGUUCAAAACUAUUGGUGGGGAUGAUGAUGAGGAGGAUGAUGAGGGGCCAUCGAGGAAGAGAAGAAAACACACGAGUGUAACGAAGGAAGCUUCAAGGGCUAUGUCGGAUUUGAAAAAUAAGAGAAAAGCGAAGGAUGAACGAGCACAACGACGGGCAGCCAGACAAAGUCAAAAAAGACAUCGAUCCGCCUCACCCGGCUCGGAUCACUCGACAGAAGACGGAGAGAUCUCACACUCUCAAUCACAAUCGCAAUCACAAUCAUAUUCCCAGAGAUACUCUCCUACCCAUUCCCCAGGAUAUGACAACAAAAAGAAGAACCUUUCGCCGAGCAAGGACUCGAAAGAGGACUUGGACGGUGUACCUGCCAAUAGACAGGAGAUCAACUCGGCGAGGUUGAGUAGGUACGAGUUGGUUGAUAUGAUGUAUAAAGAUGGCUUCGAGGAGGUCGUAGUCGGUGCAUAUGUCAGAUUGAUGGCUGGAGAACCUGAUGAGCAAGGUAGACCCAAAUAUCGAAUACAUAGGAUCAAAGAAGUCGACACAUCAGAGAAAUUCGGCGCAUACAAUAUAGAGUACAAGGGACGAAAUGUCCGAGAUGCCAGAGGAUUAUUAUGUUCCUAUGGAAAGAUGACUAGGUUAUUCAGAAUAGCAGAUGUUUCCAAUGGUGAUUUCGAAGAAAAAGAAUUUUCGAGAUUUUCAAUGACGAAUAAAGUUGAUGGGGUGAAAUUACCAAAGAGGAGCGAGUUGAAAGAGAAACAUGAGGAGAUCAAAGCGUUGAGGGAUAGACCUAUGACUGAUGCCGAAGUAAAUCGACAAAUCAAUACUAGAAAAGCUCAUGACCCAUCUGCCAACAGAUCAGCCUUACUUAAAAUCUCUCAACUCCUGUCAACCAGGGAUCUCGCAACACGUCGUAAUGACGUUCACACAGUUGAGAUGAUAAAUAGUGAAAUCAUCAAAUUGGGUGGUGAUCCCGCUACGGGACAAUUGGUCAAUAAUGGUGAACAGUUGACGGAAGGAGAUGAUUAUGAAUUGAGGAUUCAGAAGAUCAACGAGAAUAAUAAGAGGAAAACGAAAGAGAUGAUGUUGAAGGCUCAUCAAGCUGCUUUGGCUAGGAAGAAAGCUGAAGAAGCUAUGAUAAAAGCAAAAGCCGCAACACCCGAAAUCUCAACGCCAAUCCCUAAACCUGAUGUACCCCCUGCGUCAGGUUUGAGAAAAGGUGAAACUCCCCAGGAAUACGUGGCUAGAACGAUCGAUCUUGAUUUGGGGGAUUUCUAG